GUGUGUGUGUGUGUGUCUGGAGUGUGAAAAUCUCACAGGUGUCGGAGUCAGAAGUCCAGCGCUGUUGCUGUUUUAUUAUUUCUCUCGACAAAACGAACGACAAAAGCGGAAGUUUCAUUCACGCGUGCAGUCAGUAACGGUCUGAGGAAUAAAUAAGUCUGUUGCUGAAGUAAAGAGAGGAGUCUGCGUCUGCUGAAGAUGCAUAUGAAUUACGUUCACCUUUAAUUUAUUUCGGAACUCAGCAAAUGUAAGGACAGACAACAGAGGACGAUUUUUCAUCUUCCAUAAACACAGAAGUGAAGUUCAAUUUCUGUGGAAUUUCCCAGUCCUGCCAGAGCGACUACAGGGGUCUUUCAUUUGUUCCUGAAAAAUUAAUAAUAAUAUUCUGUAGGAUCAAUAGAUUGUGGCUCAUCAGAUUUUGAUGCAGGGCGUUGGACAGAUUUCAUUGUACAGGAUCAGUUUUUUUUAAAAUGUGGAACUCUGGAUGACAGAUUGUUUCGCCACAUCUGGCAGGUGUUUGGUUUGACUUCAUUUGAAUUUUGUUUUUCAAGCAGAUAACUUUGUGAUUUCAUCUAGUUGUUGUUCACUUAUGCAAAAGAAAACUUCAGAGCAACUUCUUUGUUUUAGAGAAUACACUGUAUAUUUAAUGUUAACAAACAAGGGGAUGAAUCAAAAGAUUUGUAUUGUUAUUAGCAAAGAAAUUCCCACACUUUAAAAAUACUGUAUUGCAUUGUAUUGCAAGUAUUUCCAUAUAUUAGGUGACCAAGAGCCACCUUGUGUUUCUGUUAUAAUCUUUCAUUCUCUUCCGUGCCUCACCUUUGUGUUGCAGCCACCACUGUCCCUAUUUGUUCUUCCAGAUCUUGCUGUCGCUCUCCACUCUGUCCUACCACUAGUCCCAUCGCACCCUCUCCUUUCUGUAUGCUCCACGCUCUUCUAAGUCUCCUUGUCUCAUCCAUAAAUUCAUCUUCUAUCCUUCUCCCCACUGGCCUCAUUCCUCAAUAGAUAUCUGUGGCUCUUUGGCUGUUCUUUUGUACUCAAACGCACAUUUGCUUUCACACUUGUGCAAGUUUUUCUCUAACUUUCACACUGGCGGGCACCAUUGCACCUAAAGGAGAGGAGGACUUUCUAACACUUGCUGCCUCCAGGCUCAGCCGUCGCAAGCGUGUCAUAGGAGUGGCCGUGGGUGUGGCCAUGGUUCUGAUUCUCCUGGUCACCAUCCCUUUACUGGUCCACAGCACUAAAGGAGGAGGAGCCAGCAAUGCGGGAAGUCAUUAUGAAAUGCUAGGAAGUUGUCGGAUGGUUUGUGACCCCUACACCACAUCUCACGGCCAGGAGCUAACGGCUGUUUCACCCGCACCUCCUGACUUCCCAAACCGGAAAGGGAAGUCUGGGUAUCGGGGACCUCCAGGAAUUCCAGGACCACCUGGACCACGAGGACCACCUGGAGAGCCUGGAAAGCCAGGUCCACAAGGGCCCCCGGGUCCUGGGCCUGGCGGUUACGUGCCAUCAUUCUACAGUCCUAAGAUUGCGUUUUACGCAGGACUGCGCAAGCAACAUGAAGGCACUGAUGUGCUCAAGUUUGAUGAUGUGGUGACAAAUGUUGGCAACUACUAUGAACCCAGCACUGGAAAAUUCACAUGCCCUCUACCUGGUAUCUACUUCUUCACAUACCAUGUCCUGAUGAGAGGAGGAGAUGGGACCAGUAUGUGGGCGGACCUCAAGAAGAACGGACAGGUGAGGGCCAGCGCUAUCGCCCAGGAUGCUGAUCAGAAUUAUGACUACGCCUCCAACAGUGUGAUUCUGCAUUUAGAUGUGGGAGAUGAGGUCUGUGUGCAGCUGGACGGAGGGAAAGUCCACGGAGGAAACACCAACAAAUACAGCACGUUCUCUGGCUUUCUCAUCUAUGCUGACUGACCUGCUCUACACACUCAGAUGUACUGUGUAUGAACACACACACUCAUACAGUAACGUACAAACACCGAACAGGCUUGAAAGAAAUGGACGUGGUUCAUACGGAGCGUAAGGGCUUCUCAGACAGAACGGCAACCAAUUCCUUUCAUAAAACAAGAGGAUUUCUGUUUGUAUUUGUGUAAAUUAUAACUAUCUUACAGAUUGUAAACUACUCCCAAACUUAAAUUAAAAUGCAUAUAAAUAUAUGUCUAUAUCUA